GUGGGGCUUGAACUAACGAACAGUAAGAUCAUGACCUGAGUCAAAGUCCGACGCUCACCCGACUGAGCCACCCGGGCUCCCCGAAUAAGUAAACACUUUUAAUGAAUCAGGGAGAGUGGAGAGAGGGGGUGGCCUUGGGGUGUGUCCAGCGUGCCAAGACUUUGCAGUGAAUGUGUCCACAGAGUCCUCCACCCAUACGGGCUCCUGUCCUGAGGUUCCCUGUACUCCACCUUUGUUCUCUCUUCCUAGGCAGCCUGGGAGACCUUGGUUUUACUUGCAUCUACCUUGACCUUCCAAUGGCUUGCAGUAGGACAUUUGAGUCCACUUGGUUGACACAGACAUGGUGCCAGGCACCAUUCUUUCUCCUUUUCUCCUGGAAAGCCAAAGUCUCUAAGUCCAAACAGACCAUAAGGAGCGAGGAGACAUGAACAGCAAAUUUUCCAAAGAGUACCCUCUCUUGAGCCUGAAGUCCAGGCCAGGUCCCCUCACAACUGGCCCCUUAGCUUUGCACCCAGGAUGGAUGAUCACCAGUCUCUCCCUCUGGACUCUCCACUGGCCUGAUUCUGUGCCCUUGGAGUGGAGGCAGCCUCUGGAAACUCACUGUAGCUGGUGCAGACAAAGCCAAGGCUUCGGAAACUCUCAGCCCCCAAAUCCAGGCUGAGACCCUGGUGGGCUCAGCCUUGAAAGAACACAGCUCUGCAAGAACCAGAGGACAUAUUCUCCUGCUCAGCUGGCCAUACCCUGCUCUUUUUCCUCUUCCUUCCCUGGGUUCCUCUGGUGCCUCCCCCCCUUGAGGGAGCUAGCCGACACGCUUCCCACCCCAUGCUUCUACAAGCUAGUCCCUUGGCCUUAAUUGUCUGGACCCAGGGUGAUUUGUCAUGAAACCUUUAUUGAUGAGGAAGAAAGAAAACAGCCCCUUAUUUAGGGCAAGAUAUUCAUGGAACUGGAGGGGGGUAAUUAGGGUCAAAAGAGACUUGGGCUUUUAAAAAGGCACAGAAGACAAGACACUUCAAGGUAAGAAGACAUCUAACUUGGGAGAGAACAAUUUCCUGGAUCCCAGUAGGAUUUUGCCAGCUCAAGGUCUGGGCCAAGAGAGACACAGAGGGAAGAGCCACUUCAUAAUGGUCCCCAAAGCCUUUCAUCAUCCUUGAACCUCUAGGAAGACCAGAAGAAUCAGGGUCCUCCUCUGAAACCCCAAAGGGGUCACUUUCCAGCAUUUCUGGGUGCCUCUUUGGAUUCAGAAGAGCAGUUGGGGUACUCUGUGCCUUGUGGUUAGUCAUAUCCUUCAAAAUAGCCUAGUAGAAUGUGAGAAGAAUUUCUUGAUUUCUGCUGAUACCAUGGGAAAGGUCUCCAUGCUCCACAUUCUAGGAGAGGUGAGCUGGAGCUCCUGGAAUGGAGGAAGAGAAGGCUGCCACGUCAGCUCAGGCUGGGAGACGGAACUAGAAGAAAUAUUCUAACCCCCUGAGCAAGGACCCAGGAGCAGAUUUUUGGAAUCUCAGUUGGGAUUCUGUAACUGGAGAAAGGGGGUCAGGACAUCACCCUGAUGGGCUCAGAAGGCUGCUGUCACACGGGCAGUAAACUAGGGGUCAUGAGGACAGGAGAGCAGGCAGGACACAAUAAAAUGUCCCACAAAUCCAGUAUUCUCACCAGACUCCAGGAGUCCUGCUGGACCCCUGAAUUGGGCAGGGAUGAUGGCAUCUCUGUGCAGAUGGGCUCCCUCCUCUUCGGAUGCCCCAGUGUGUCCCCUUAGCAAACAGGCCCUGUGUGGUGGUGGACAGAAAAGAGUGUCCUGUUGCCUGAGAAGAGUGUUGAACAUUUAUAUUUUCGAGGACAUUUGAAGACUUUGACCCCUCCUACCUCCUUGGGUCUCAUAGAAGCUUGGAUCCCGUAGAAAUAUCCCUCCCUUGGACUUCUACAAUUUUCUCAUUUUCACUGAUACUCACAAGAAGUCUGUCAGCAAGUAUUUUCUAACAUUUAAGUUGUCUGACAACUAGGGAGGUUCUUCUGAGCCUCCAAGUCUUCAUUGUGUCGAAGCUAGCAGGCUUAAAAAUGGGGGAGCUAGCAGUGAUCUUCAGAUCCUCUGUGAAGGUUAUUUGAGGCAGUGGAGGAAAAAUGCUGGCACCAUGGCUUGCCCAGUGUGUGUUCAAUAACAGGCAUUUAUGAUUAUCCUUGUCACGAAUCUCACCCUAAUGCAGGUUAUUAAUAAAGGUGAUUGCUAGGAGUUAAAAUUUCUGUUGAGUACAAUCCAACUAAACCCAAUGUUAUGCAAAGGCCAUUUAUACCGAGGGCAGAUAUGUGGCAAAAAGAAUCUUCCAGAAAGAUACCAAGAUGGAGAAUAUCCUUCAAAGAAUCUUAGCCCUGGCACCCAGUGGUAAUAGAAGAAUUGUUUGGACCUCACACUGAAUGGAGGAGAGAAAGGCUUGGGGAAUUAUCUGGAAACAGAGGGAUAGUCUCCCAUUCUUCAUAUCCUGAGACUUCAAAAGAAUCCACUUGUGAUCCAGCCCGGGAGGGGAUUCAUCCCUACAUUUGGCAGAUCUGCAAACACUGAACAUAGCUUCUGGAUUUUGUGGGGGAAAGGGGGUGGUGUUCAGUGUACUGCACUUGUUACAAACAGAGAGUUUUAUUUCUUUGCCUAAUGUCAUGUCCUUGGUCAGGCUCUCUGUGUCCAAGAUAUCUUAAGGGUAGAAAGGGGUCUUUGAAGCUACAUUUGCCUCAAUUGUUACCUAAAUCGGAGGAAAUGUUCAUUGUCAAAUUAUGCUUUGAAAGGGGCCAGUGGGGUUGGAAAGGUUGGGUUCCCGAGGCCCCAGAAAUGGCUGGGGCCAAUUAACUGCUGUCUGGGAAGUGUCCUCUGUGGGAACAACUCUGAGGCUAAAAGAAAAUGUCUCCUGGAAACAGCUGCCAUGAUGCUGACGAGGUCACAUGUGUGAUCAGCCCACGUUUAUUUGUCUUCCUGGCUCCAAGAUCCCGAAGGUCCAUGGUGUCCACCCUUGCUGGAGCUUUCAGACUUGGAAGUGUCUGACUUGCUAGGGUUGCCUGCCUCUCCCUCAGCUGACAUUUUUAGAUUUAGUCUUUUUAGGUCAGGUCCCCAAGCUAAUCCCAUCUUUCUGGGAGAAACACCCUUUCCCUCCCUGGAGGGUCUGAAGACAGAGUCUCCCUCCCUGCCCUCAAGAAUGGUGUUGUCUCUACCCCAGCCACUCCCUUGUUAAUGUCUCUAUUGAGAGAAAAGUCUUUCAAUCUCCCUGCUCCCCAAGGAAAAUAACCCGUAUUUUACAGUCUUGGGUCAUUCACAGGGUCCCAUUAGAAUCGCCCACCUCUGCCCUGCCCAGCCCCUAGCCCCACUUUCUCCUUAUGACUUUGACCUGAUCUCCUUCAGAGAAGUCUUACGGUCUGGAGAACCAACCGCAACCCAGCUGCCCCACCUUGCUCCCUGAAUGGGCUUCUGAUUUGCUAUAUUACUUGACGUAAAACCUAAGUGACAACUUGAUUCAGAGACCCUUAUUUUUGUUUUCUUUGGGGAUGAUACCACUGUCUGCAUGAAGCUGUUUUAACUCUGGAACAUCUUGAUAAUUUUGAUGGGGGUCAAAGAUCACCCAAUAACUGAUACUCUCUAAUGUCAGGAAUAGAUUAAACUUCCUUGUCUCAUACUCAGGGCUAGACCACACCCUAUUAGUAAAACCCAAUCCAUUUUUGUGGAGUGAAUCGAUUAAUGAGUUCUUGACUUUCCACCCCCCCCCCCAACUCUUUCCCCUUCCUGAAUAGGCAUAUGAUUCAAUCAAUCUAGAAAAAGGCAAAGACCCAAUCAGGAAUAGCCGGAAGGAGACUGAAGAAUCUAAUCAAGUGUUGUUCUCCAAUUAGAAGUUAGUGGUUGAAAGGGGCGGGGGAUAUGGGAUUAGAAAGGUAUGUAAAAGCCUCAGGCACCAGAGAAGAAAUACAGAGCCCUCCAUCCUUGGAACCACAGACUUGGCUUCUCCACCAGGUCCGAGAUCUGAGCACCUGGCCGACUGCCUCAGAGAUGAGCAGAUUCAGGAUGGUCACCAGGACCCCGCCCAGACUCCUGGAACUGGCGGCCAAGAGCCUGCUGAAGGACGAGGACUUGGCGAUCGCUGCUCUGGAGUAUCUGCCCACGGAGCUCUUCCCGCUGCUGUUCAUGGAGGCCCUCGAUGGGAGGCGCGACAAGACCCUGAAGGCGAUGGUGCGGGCCUGGCCCUUUGCCCGCCUCCCUCUGGGGGGCCUGACACAGAUGCCUCACCAGAAGGCCUUACAAGCCGUGCUCGAUGGGCUCGACUGCCUGCUUGCCCGGAAGGUUCGGCCCAGGAGGUGGAAACUGCGGGUGCUGGAUUUACGGAAUGCCAGUCGGAACUUCUGGAGCAUGUGGUCUGGAGCCAGGGUCCAUGAGUGCCCGCUGACGGGACCCGUGGCAGAGGACAGCUUAAGGAUGAAGGGGCCCUCGGGUCCCUUGACAGUGUUCGUAGACCUCUGCCUCAGGGAAAGGACCCUGGAUGAAUGCCUGGCCAACCUCAUUAGGUGGGCCAGACGGAGGAGAUCGCUACACCUGUGCUGUAAGAAGGUGACGAUUUUCGGGAUGCCCAUCCAAAAUAUUAAGGAGGUCCUGAAUCUGGUGCAGCUGGGCUGUGUCCUGGAGGUGGAGGUGCAUUUCACCUGGCAGCUGUCGACCCUGGGGAAGUUUGCUCCUUACCUGGGCCGGAUGAGUAACGUGCGGAGACUCGUCCUCUCCCAUAUCCACAAGCCCUCCUCCUCCUCCGAGGAAAAGCACAUUGGCCGAUUCACCUCCCAGCUUCUCCGGCUGCGCCACCUGCGGAAGCUCCGUAUGGAAUCUCCCGCCUUCCUCGAGGGCUGCCUGGGCCAGAUGCUCAGGUGCCUGAAGAGCCCCUUGGAGGCCCUCUCCAUAACCAACUGCCAGCUUACAGAAUCCGACUUGGCAUGCCUGUCCCAGUGCCCAAGCAUCAGUCAGCUGAAGGAGCUGGAUCUGAGUGGCCUCAGCCUGGCCUGUUUUAGUCCCAAGCCCCUCCAAGUUCUGCUCGAGAGAGUGGCAGCCACCAUCCAGGACCUGGUACUAGAAUAUUGUGGACUCUCGGACACCCACCUGGAGGCCAUCCUGCCGGCCCUCAGCCGCUGUCACCAGCUCCAGACUUUCAGUGUCCGCGGGAACCACCUCUCCAUGGCCCUGAUGGAGAGGUUGCUGCGUCACACCGCCGGGCUGAGCCGCCUGAGCCUCGAGCUGUAUCCUGCCCCUCUGGAGAGUUACAGCAGUCAGGGGAUCAUCCACCCAGGGAGGUUUGCCCAGGCUCAGGCUGAGCUGCUGGGCAUUCUGAAGGACUUAGGACUGCCCCGGACCAUCUGGCUUAGAACUAACCCCUGUCCUCACUGUGGCAGCAAGAUAGUCUAUGAUUCGGACCCCUUCGUGUCCUGCUAAUUGCCUGACUAGUUGAGUGCAUCCACCAGAAAUUUCCUUCUGGGAACUUGGAGACGGAAAUCUAGGCUAUAGGUAUAUCAUACAUAAAGGGGGACACAGACCCACGAUUUCAGACAUCUGCUCGGUGUGAAUGGGGAAAGGACAGGUGAUCCAGGACUGCAGGGUGCUGGGCACAGGAAAAGUGACCUGGGGAGCUGCUGGGACCUCCAGGGACCUGUGUCCUAUAGAGUCAGAAACGUGACUGUGUUUCUGGAGGGGGAUUUGAGCCUGAGACCCGCACGUGGGUCUCAUCCCUGGGUGGAUGGUUGUAAAGAAAAGGUGGGAAAUAAAUAACCUUGGUGUGAA